AUGCCUCCACAGAUGCAACGCUUCGGCGGCGCGCCGAAUAACCUGCCGUCUCAUUCGCAUUACUCGCAGUAUCAAGGCCACGCGCAGUUACCUCCUCCGUCGCUCGGGAGAGACCUUGGUUUCAUGAAUGCAAAUUCCAUGAGCAACCCCUUCUCAGUAAAUGGCAACGCUUUAGGAGUGGGAAACUUUGGAAAUGCCAGCCUCGGUAUGCCAGGUAGCACUGGGUUGGCAAGUCAAGCUGCGCAGAUGAGCUUUGCAGGCGCUUCGGUACAUCAGCAGGGACUUCCUGCCAUGGGGCAUCCCGUACCACGGCCUGUUAAUAAGGGCAGGAUACGUGAAGUUUGGAAAGGUAAUCUGGAAGAAGAGAUGGGGAACUUGCGGAAUCUGGUGACUAGAUACAACUAUAUUGCUAUGGAUACUGAGUUUCCAGGUGUUGUUGCGCGGCCGAUGGGUCAAUUCAACGGGAAGAGCGAUUACCACUACCAGUGCCUGCGAUGCAAUGUAGACCUUCUGAAGAUUAUCCAACUUGGGAUCACUCUUUUUAACGAGGACGGCGAACAUCCACCAGCCAUAAUAAACCCAGAGGAUCUACCAGCGUCUGGUCGAAGGGGGGGAACGAUUGGAGAGAUACCUCACACAUGGCAAUUCAACUUUAAGUUCUCGUUACAGGAUGAUAUGUACGCACAGGCAUCGAUAGAGGCUCUACAGCAGGCGCAGGUAGACUUUGAAAGACUUGAUAAAGACGGGAUUGAUCCGUUUGAUUUUGGAGCUCUGUUGGUCAGCUCCGGCUUGGUCUGCGACGAGGAUGUAAAAUGGAUAUCUUUCCAUGGUGGUUAUGAUUUCGGGUAUCUUACGAAGCUGCUACUACGACUACCUCUUCCCGACGACGAAACAGAGUUUGACAUAUUCAUGAAGAAAUUCUUUCCUAGCGUUUACGAUAUCAAGCAUCUUAUGAAAUAUGCUAUUCGCCAGAACACAAUGGGUCAAAUGACGCCACUAGACUCCAUGACCACUGAGGUUCUUGCAAAGUUUGAUCAAAGAUCAGGACUGGAGCAGCUUGCGGAAGCAUUCAAAGUCAAGCGACAAGGACACGCACAUCAAGCUGGAUCCGAUUCGUUGCUGACCGGAAAGUGUUUCUUCAGAAUGAGAGACAAGAUCUUCAAAGGCGAAAUUAGCGACGAACAUGUAGGAAAGGUCUGGGGACUCGGCGUACCAGAUUACGGCGCCCCUCCACAACUCUCAACCCCUCAACACUAUCAUCAACAACUACAGGAGAACUCAACGCCACAGCAAAACGGGGCAAACGGCACGCCUAGCACGCCUAAUACGGGCCCAGCACAUCUGGCAGGCACACCGGUUCAUAAUACUAAUGGAGGAGGCAUCGGGCCCUUGACUCCCGGAGGAGGAGGCGGCGUCUUUGGCGCUUUUCAGUACAACAAUAAAUAG